ACAGAGCUCGCUAUGGCCCGCACCAAGCAGACCGCCCGCAAAUCCACCGGAGGGAAGGCUCCCCGCAAGCAGCUGGCCACCAAGGCUGCCAGGAAGAGCGCCCCGGCUACCGGCGGAGUCAAGAAGCCUCACCGCUACCGGCCCGGGACUGUGGCUCUCAGAGAGAUCCGCCGCUAUCAGAAAUCCACCGAGCUGCUCAUCCGCAAACUGCCCUUCCAGCGCCUGGUCCGAGAGAUCGCCCAGGACUUCAAGACCGAUCUGCGCUUCCAGAGCUCUGCGGUCAUGGCGCUGCAGGAGGCCAGCGAGGCUUAUCUAGUGGGGCUCUUCGAGGACACCAACCUGUGUGCUAUCCACGCCAAGAGAGUCACCAUCAUGCCCAAGGACAUCCAGCUGGCCCGCAGGAUCCGCGGGGAGAGGGCUUAGACCCACUGCACGCCCGGAAUAACUACUGACCCAAAGGCUCUUUUAAGAGCCACCAAAUUAUC